AUGAUGACAUCUCCAGUGUUUGUGUUCUGUCUCACCUGUCUGUGCUUUGGGAGUAUGGCACAGACACCAGAUGUAAGCAGAGGGUCGUCUCUGAGUAAAGAGAGUGGAUUUAUAUCAGCUAACAUCGGUGAGACGGUUACUUUGCUCUGUUUCUUCCAAGGUGAUGCUGCAGCAAAGUUUUACUGGUACAAACAAACUCUGGGUCAGAGACCAACGCUCAUCUCCUCUUACUACACACAUGGAACAUCUUCAACCUUUCAUGGUGAACUCAAGGACAAUCCCCGCUUCACUCUGGAUGCUAAACCUGGUCAAAAUCACCUGAGGAUUGCAGACGUGCAAAUCUCAGACACAGCUGUUUACUACUGUUCUUACAGCUACUCAUUCAUGUUUGAGUUUAAAGAGGGCAUCACUCUCAGUGUCAGAGGUUCAGGUCGGGACGUGAAGCUUUUGAAUCAGUCUGAAAACGAGACCAUCCAGCCAGGAGGAUCAGUGACUCUGAGCUGUGUGGUGAACACUGGGAGCUGUGAUGGAGAACACAGUGUUUACUGGUUUAAAAACUCUGAGGGAGCUGAGCCAGGACUUAUUUACACCCAUGGAGGCAAUAAUAAUAAGUGUGAGAGGAAACCCAGCCAGCAGAGCUGUGAGUACAACCUACCACUGAGGAGUCUGAGUCGCUCUCAUGCCGGGACCUACUACUGCGCCGUGGUCUCAUGUGGACAGAUUCUGUUUGGAGACGGGACCAAGCUGGACUUUAAAGAUGAGGAGAACUUUCUUGGCUUGGUGUAUAUCUUAAACGGGGCGUUGACUUUUACCAUCAUCUUGGUCGUACUGUUGGCUGUUUGUCUCUGUGUGAUCACCAAGAGGAACAACUAUUCUCCUGCAGCAGAUCUCUCUGCAGCAACUGAACAGGGUGACUGCAAUGAGGAAAAUAUCCAUUAUGCAGCUUUAAGGGAACAAAGAGUCAACCGAUCCAGACGACAAGGAAACAACACUAAUGCUGAAUGUGUGUACUCUAGUGUAAAGCAGUAGAGACUCACAGGUUCAACAUGUCUGUACAGCCACAGUGAUCAAUGAUGAUUUUAAUUAAGCCAUUAAGACAUAGAUGUCAUCUUUUCUGUUUUCUUUUUACUUGAACUGCAAAGAUUUAAA